UUAAGGUUAUAUCACCUCUCACCACUAUCACCAAAGAAAUAAACUAUCCAGUCAAGAAUGGCACUUCUCAACUCGGUCUCUGUAUCACUUCUCCUGCUACUCACGCUUUCUGUAUCACUAUCAGACCCAUUAUACCAGCAUUGUGAGACCACAGGCAACUACACCACCAACAGCACCUACGAGUCCAAUCUCUCCAAACUCCUCACCUUCCUCUCCACCAAAGGCUCAAUUGAAGGAUUCUCCAAGAAAUCCAUAGGUAACACACCUAACCAAGUCUAUGGCAUGGUCCUCUGCCGAGGAGACAUAAACACGACUGAGUGCCGGAGCUGCCUCAACCUCGCCGUGCAAGAAGUAGUCCAGCUCUGCCCCUUCAACAAAGGAGCCACCAUAUGGAACUACCACUGCGUCCUCCGCCAUUCCAACCAAUACUUCUUAAACUCAGCCAAUGACUCUGACGUCUUCUACUUAAGAAGCAACGAGCACGUCAAUGAACAAGGUCCGUUUAACAAGACUGUCAUUGAGAUGAUGGAUUCUGUGUUCAGGUGGGCAGCCUACAACACGUCUAAGAAGUUUGCCACUGGGGAGGCCUACUUUAACCAGAAGUUCCACAAGAUAUAUGGUUUGGGACAGUGUACUCCGGAUUUGUCAGGGGAUCAGUGCCUUCAAUGUUUGCGUGGCACAUGUAAGAUGAUGAGGAAUAUGAUUGCAGGAAGGCAACUUGGGAGCAUUCUUGGAGUGAGGUGUAAUGUGAGGUACUCUACGAAUCCAUUCUUUAAUGGCAGACCUGCAGUACUGUAUGCCAACUCUCAGUCACCACCUGGAACUUUAGUUCCUACCCCUGCUGCAAGCCCUUCCUCUGCUAGCCUUCCAGGAAAUGAAGGAAGCAGCAACCAUGCAGGAAUGAUUGCUCUUUUUGUUGUCCUUCCUUUCAUUGCUUCUAUGGUGCUUCUCUCUGUUAUUUAUGUUGGUUUUCGGAGGCGAACUGGUAGGAAGAUGGUGUUCCUUCCUGAAACUGAAGAUGAAACACUAUUGGCAAGUGCAGAGUCCAAAUUGUUUGAUUUGAGUACUCUAAGAGAAGCUACUGAUCACUUCUCUGAUGCAAAUAUGCUGGGUGAAGGUGGAUUUGGUCCAGUGUAUAAGGGAGCAUUGAAGGAUGGGCAAGAAAUUGCCGUGAAGAGGCUGUCCAGGACAUCCGCGCAAGGAUUGUUGGAAUUCAGGAAUGAGGUGGUUUUUGUUGCUAAGCUUCAGCAUAGGAACCUUGUAAAGUUAUUGGGCUGUUGUUUAGAAGAGAAUGAGAAGCUUCUUGUUUAUGAGUACCUUUCAAAUACGAGUCUUGACAAGAUUUUAUUUGAUCCUCUUAGAAGCCAAGUAUUGGAGUGGUGUACAAGAUAUAAGAUUAUCGAAGGCAUCAGUCGAGGACUUCUUUAUCUUCAUGAAGAUUCACGUCUAAGAAUUAUUCAUCGGGAUUUAAAGGCUAGUAAUGUUUUGCUAGACAAGGAUAUGAACCCCAAAAUUUCUGACUUUGGUCUUGCUAAGCAUUUUGGGGCAAACGAGACUCAUAAAAACACGACAAAAAUUGCCGGAACAUAUGGAUACAUGGCACCUGAGUAUGCCAUUCGUGGAAUAUUCUCGACCAAGUCAGAUGUUUUUAGCUAUGGUGUCUUGGCCUUGGAGAUUGUAACUGGUAGAAAAAACAGUGACUUCCAAAAAUCAAAUCCUACUACAAACCUUCUCAGCCAUGUUUGGCGGCAAUGGAAUGAAGGGAAUGCAUUGGAGUUGGUUGACCUAAUUCUUGGUAACAGAUUCAUCAAAGAACAGGUGUUGAGAUGCAUCCACAUUGGGUUACUUUGUGUCCAAGAAGACCCAACAAAGAGACCUAGCAUGGCUUCAAUUGCGAACAUGCUCAGCAGUCAUUCCAUUCCUCUUCCAACAUCUACUGCACCAGCCUUUUUCAUCUUACCGGAUUUAGUUCUUGAUUUUGUUAAAGAGGAGGAUGUCAUUGGGUAUACAGUGCACGCCCAAAUGAUCUCUGAAAAUGAAGUAUCUAUCUCUGAAAUGGACCCUCGAUAAAUAUGGGCUUGAUAUCCAGGUUUGUUGCACUUAUUGCUUAGUAAGUUAAC